AUGGAUGUAUGUGAUAUCAUAAAGAUAAAAGAUUUGUUGUUUAUGCUUUUUAUGUUGACUUGUGUCCUAAGCAGUGUUGAGCGUUUAAGUUUCAUAUCAAAAUUUCGCAAUCAAAGUUUGUCUCAGUUUAAAUUCGAGAAUAAAGUGAAGAAAAAUAUUAUUCGUGAUCUUCAAACUGCUUUGAGAUUCAACAUCUUUUCAAGUCUGAAUGGUUCUUUAUGA